AUGUUGCCAAGGAGUAUCAGGGGUCUUGUCCUUGAAUGUGUGCGACUGCGCGAAGCAUGACAACUGGCACUCUCGAUCAUCCUGGGCCUGAGGCCUGAACCCGACGACGAAGAAUCGCCGGCACUCACCAUUCACCACGACCGCGCUCUCUUCAAACCUAGCUCAGUGCCCACUUUCGUCUCAUCUUCUCUAUCAGUCAGUCAGAAGCCAUGCAUAUCCUGGAUUUGAAUGAAGACACGCUUUCAAUGAUCAUCUCGUAUCUGUCCUCCCGGGAUGCACGUCAACUAUCCCUUGUAUCGCGAGGUCUCCAUCUCUUGGCGAAGCACCAAGCAUUGACCUCCGUAUCGCUUUAUUCUGUUGAGAAAGCUCUCAAGUUCAGCAUUUACAUGCUGAAGGACAUGCGACACCGCUUACCUAUGCUGCGAGAGCUGCAGCUCAAGUUCGUGAUCCUCUCGGAAGAAGAACUACUGCAUGCAGAAUACAGCGGUAGGUAUCUGUCUGACUCUGCCAUAACUGCCGAUGCAGUUGCACGUCUUGCAGACCUUCUCGAGCAAGCUUCCUGGUUGAAAUCUCUCGCCUUGGAUGGCGCAGAGGUGUGGCUAACAUACGCCCCUCGCAUUUCCGAAGCACUCUGCCGCAUGCUUCAUUUGUCAGUGAUAGACAUGGACAUGUUGUACACUGCUGUCCCCAAAUUCCUGCGUGGUCUACAAUCCGCUCCUCGCACCAUGAUAUUGCAUCAAACAGCACCCUCCACGCUUCCUCUAAACCCCUACCUGGAUCAGUGCACGGACCUCUGUUCGCCCAGCGUGGAUUGCCUGGUUGUGGAGAAUAUUGCGACCUUCCCAUCGCCCGACGAUCUGGCGUGCAUGUUUCCGAAUGCACGCCGACUUCAUCUGUGCACCCCUCCGACGAGCGCUAUAACACGACUAUCGCUCGUUCCAGGAUGGCCGUUGCUGGAGCACGUCCGAGGAUCUGCUGUACUGUUCGCUCAAUGGAAACUCAGCAAUCCCGUCCAUCUGUUCGAAGUAACUUGCGCUGUCGUGACACCUUCGAAGAGGAUACCAACUACCAGCAAGCACAGGGCCCAAGUACGCAAGGCUGCUAUCCUAGCACUGCAGAAUGUGCAACCUGUUGCGCUCCAGGCCGAAGUGGACUACAAGCUGGAUGGAAUGUAUUGGUCAGACUUCCUGACUGCCUCGCACCGACUCCGUUACCUGUCCCUCAGGCUUCAUCAUGUCACACGCCUUGCGACGUUGGAACGACGUAUGCUCCGCUGGUGGAAAAUCGUCAAACCCUUACUCGCGCGUAGGACGGGCGUUAUUUGCCUUAAGAUCUUUUGCCACCUUCAUGGUGAUCGCAAGACAGCAGACGACGCGCCAAAUGAUCCUUCCGUCGCUAUUCCCCAAAAUAUCGUUGAUGAGUUGCAAGCCUCAGCAGUAUCUAUACCGAGCCUCUUGUAUCUCUCGCUCGUCAUCCGCACGUCGCAGGAACGUCAACCGCGUAUUUCGGAUCGCGGUGAGUUCCAGGCGUGGCACGAUACACACAUAACCGGCGACCUCCGGUGCUGGUGGCAGAUCGUCCACGAAGAGGGGAGAGAACGUGUCGUGAAGACUCUUGAUGUGGAGAAAGGAGAGCGCAUCGCGGCGUAUAUGCGCUCGACAGCGUACGAUUAUACCAAGGACUUCGAUGAGCGCGACGUUCCCUAAUCAGUGAGCGUUGAUGGAGGAAGUGUUAGGGUGCCAGGAUUGGAGUCGGCUGGAUCAGUAGUAGUGGUUGUGAUCUUCAUCUCAGCCUGAGUUGGCCGCUAUAAUGGCCGCAGCUAGUCUCACUUGAAUGAUGUACAAUGCCGCACUUUUCGAUCAACCCGAAUCGCGUU